AAAUACAUAACAUUUUCUUUUUAAUUAAGACAAAAUAUAUACUUUUCCCUAUGUCACUCUCGCAACACAAGCUAGUUAUCAUUUAGGGAAAUUACGAUGGAGUAUCAAGUUCAAAAUCCACCCACACACAUCACCAUCACCACCACUACCACCGCCACAAGCCACGUGUUAGUGGUGCCAUACCCAUCUCGAGGACACAUCAACCCCAUGAUGAAUCUCUCAAAAUUAAUUGUGUCUAAUAACCCCAACAUCCUCGUCACAUUCGUUGUCACCCAAGAAUGGUUAACCUUAAUAAACUCCGAACCUAAACCCGACAACAUAAGAUUUGGAACAAUCCCUAACUUUGGUGGUUCAAAAGACAACUUUUUGAACGUUGUUGAAGCUGUUAUGACCGAAAUGGAAGCGCCGUUGGAGCGGUUACUUGAUUCUUUUAUUCAACCGCCGCCGACAUUCAUUAUUUAUGAUGCUUUUCUCUUUUGGGUUGUUGGUGUUGGAAAUCGGAGGAAUAUUCCGGUGGCUGCGUUUUGGACUACGUCGACUUCGGAAUUUUGGGUGCAGUUCUUCCAUAUUUUCCUACAACGCAACCACUUAGAUGAAACACAAUUUGGUUUUUAUCAUGCAGAAAAUGAUGCCGAAAAACUCAUAGAUUAUAUUCCAUCAAAUUCUUGGAUUCACCUAGCAGAUAUUCCUCUUCUUGAUAAGAACAACCAUCAAAUUUUGCAAUGGGCUAUGAAAAGUUAUCAAUGGAUUCUCAAAGCCCAAUAUGUGUUAUUGCCUUCAAUUUAUGAGCUUGAACCUCAAGUAAUUGAUGCCUUAAAAUCAAAUCUUACAAUACCAAUUUACACCAUAGGCCCAAACAUACCUUAUUUUAAUCUUGGAUACAAGUCACAUUAUUUAAAUGCUACUAAUGAUGCUGCCCAAAAUUACAUAGAUUGGCUAAAUCUCCAACCCUGUGGUUCUGUUUUGUACAUUUCAUUUGGAAGUUUUCUAUCUGUUUCAAGAUCACAAAUGGAUGAAAUUAUCGGUGCUUUGCACGACAGCAACAUUCGAUACUUGUGGGUAACGCGCGACGAGACUAAUAGAUUAAAAGAGAAGUGUGGAAAAAUGGGUUUUGUUGUAACAUGGUGUGACCAAUUGAGGGUAUUGUUACACCCUGCUAUAGGUGGUUAUUGGACACAUUGUGGUUGGAAUUCUGUUAUUGAAGGUGUUUUUGCUGGUGUUCCUUUUUUGACAUUUCCAAUUGCUAUGGAUCAACCACUUAUUAGUAAGAUUAUAGUUGAAGAUUGGAAAGUUGGGUUAAGAGUGAAGAAAGAUGAUAAGUUAGACACUUUGGUGAGAAAAGAGGAGAUUGUUGUGUUGCUUAGGAAAUUCAUGGAUUUGGAUUAUGAUAUUGGAAGAGAUAUGAGAAAAAGGGCCAAAGAGAUUCAACAUAUAUGUCAACUUGCAAUAAAAAAAGGUGGGUCAUCUGAGACUAAUAUUAAAGCCUUUUUGAAGAAUAUAAUGCAGAGUGAUUGGAAACAAGAUGGGUCUAAUGGAGUGCAAUCUCAAGUUGUUAUUGAGAAUUUCCAUUAAAUUGUUGUGCCUUGAUUCUCUUGUAUACCAAUGUUUAGUGAUUUUAUAAAGGCAGAGUUUGUUCGGUUGAUUUGUAUUUCAUGAUUUAAUAAAGAUCAAGCUUGUACUCAAUAGAUUUCAAUCAUCAAACCCUAUGAAUUUAGGAGUCAUUAAUUUCAAUCAUUGGACGAAGGAUGUUUCAUAUUUUAACUUUACCAAAUCAUAUUCAAAAACAACUAAUUGGAAUGUGAGA